CAUUAGACGUUAUCACUCACAUUGAGGAAAUCCCUACUCCUACAGGCAUCACAGAGUUUACAGUCUCCUUAUCCUCUUCCGAAAAUCAUCUCGACAUUUUCCGCGCGAUUCUUUCUUCUCGUCAGCUGCGCGCAAUGGAUGACGAUCUCAUCCUAUUCGCUGAAGCACCUGAGAUGGAUCAGCGCACUGGAUGUUGCCCCUGGCAGGGCUGUGUGCACAGCCCUGUCAACCUCAUCCCAGAGGUUGCAGUCAGACUUCUGAGUGCUGACAGCUCUCCGGCCAAAGACAAGACUGAACAAAAGGCCCUGUUGUUGUCUGAUGUGAAAGCGGACAAUACUACCAGCUCUGCUGGAAUUCAGAUCGCUCCGGCUGUUGUUCCAAAGAAAGUCGAGAAGUCAGUGGUCGCCGCAGUGAAGAGCAAUGCAACGGUGUGCGCGUCCCAUGCGUCCCUCAAGCAUUGGCUGUGGAAAUGCGUCAAAGAAGGAGACCUUCGUUGCCACUCCUGCAAGAAGACACAAAAGGAUUUCAUCUUCGAAUGUCCAAGAUGCAUGUUCAAAAUGUGUUUCCACUGUCGGGCCCAGCGUGGUUGGACCUCUCGAGGGGCUAAGGAUAUGCGCCGUCAACUUAAGAACGCCCAGAAGAAACCUCGUGAUGCGGAUCAUUGAGCAGCCGAGGCUGGGAUGUGAGCGUUGAGGCUGGAGCAUGACAGACAGCAUGGAUUCUGGCGAUGGAGAAGAGAGUUGACAGGCGCAGGAGAUUCGCGAAGACGGUGGAUACAUCAGUGUCAUUAUAUUCCACAUGUUCGCUACGGAAGAGUCCAGAGAUUAUGGGUUGACUGGUUUGUGCGGGUUGGCCAGCCGCAUCC